AUGUCGCUCGAGUCGCACUAUCCUUCCAAUUGUCCAUUCUGUCGUAUAAGCGAAGCGUACCCUGCUUCUUCUGGCAACCCAAUACCCUCGGCUCCUGACCCAACCCUCGUCGAUCCAAAUGCCUUCAUUAUCCUAUCCUCUGAUCACGUACUUGCCUUCCUGGAUAUCCUGCCUAUGACCACUGGUCAUGUUCUGCUUACCACACGCGUGCAUCACGAGAAGCUCAGCGAAGUACCCAUCGGCCCUACUGCUCAAGCCCUAGGUUACUGGAUGCCGCUCAUGUCGAGAGCACUUGCCAAAACGCUUGAUGUCGAGGACUGGAAUGUCGUACAAAAUAAUGGCAUCCGUGCCGCCCAGGUCGUGCCCCAUGUGCAUUUCCACUUCAUCCCUAGAUACUCAGAAGGCCGCCGUCCGCCAUCUAAGAAGAUCAAGGGUGACACGUUCGAGAUUAAGAGCUGGAAGAUGUUUGGCCGUGGUCAGAGGGAAGAGCUAGAUGAGGAAGAGGCCGUCGUCUUGGCCCAAAAGAUACGCGACGCUCUGAAAGAAGAAGUCGAGGCCUUGGAAAAGGAUACUGUCAAAUUGUGA